GCCUUGUGUUGCUUGUGGCAAUUCUCUGGAAUCUGUGAUGAUAGCACUCUCGCUUGUUGCCUUCACACUCACUCACUCACACACACACACACACACACACACACGCACACACACACACACACAUAGAAAGAGGGAGAAACACCGGUGUGUGUUCACCUGAAUGGUUCACCUCUGUCACUACGACCGCCACUGGAUCGGAUUAUAAGCCACAAACUAAACUGCAGACUACUCACAGAUCCACAUUUUAUUGACCGGAAUCGUUAAGAUGUUUAAUCAUGCUAAACACAUCAGGACUUCGCCUCCGACAAAUAUUUCCUUGGAUAUACCUUGUGACUAGUGCUGGACUAUAGAACAAGCCAUGGAGGGUCUGUCCAUGGUCACACAGGAGGGACAACCAACCUUGUCAAGGACGCCACCUGCCGAAAUGACCUUUUCUGUACAGACGGCUGGAACAGACAUGAACGAUGGAUGUGAACCUAUGAGAAACACUUGCAUUAAUGUGUUGACUCAGAAUAAUGAGAUUUGUGGCAAGAAACGGUUCUGCCAAACCACAGAGACUAAACAAUGUUCCUCAUUCAACCAAAACACUAAUAAUAGUUAUUCUCUUCCAGCAGGACAAGUCUGUGCUUCACAUGAUAACGAUGUGAAAAUGGGAUCUACUCCAGAUCUUCUCAAGCCAACACAGGAAUACAUCAAUAAAACUGGGACUUCUGCAAUUGAGAAGGCAUUUAAGAGCCAAGAUAGAUGGAAAGUGGAAAGUAAAUCUGAACAGGAUGUAAAUGGUUGCAACGAGUUUAGAUGUCCAUCACCGGAGGACAACCACAACCUGUUAGCUUCAGAAGUUCAAGUAGACACAACAGCUCCAUCCAAAGAUAUCACAACCUCCAAUGAACUCUGCACUUCUCCCUGCCCUCCUCUCGUUCCAUUCCCAGAGAGCUCCAUUAUCACAUCUGCAAAACCACUUUCUGUUCCUUCCCCAUCCAAUGGAGGAGCUGAGUGUCCCCGAAUCAUCAAACACAAACCGAGUUCUAUCACUUUUGCAGAUUACGAUUGUACGUCAGGUCUCAACCAAGGGGUUCCUGAGAGCUCUGAUUGUGGUGAGUCUUCCUCUGAAGAGGAUGACGAUGAUGAGGAUGAGGAUGUUUUUACAGAAAUGACUCAGAUCAAGGAGAUCCUUCCUGGCUGUAGACGCAGAAGAGUCGGACGAAGGAAUGGAAUCGGUGGAGGAAGAGGAGGAGAAGAACGAAAUGGAGAACUGGACUCGGUUCUCAGGUUCAGUUCCUCUACUGGCUAUGAGGCAGAAGCGGAGAACAGUAGUAAGGAGCAGUCUCCUCUUGACCUGCUGUCUCCAUGGUCCGACUCUAUGAACCAGCUCAUGAAGAGACUGGACAGGCUCAAUCUGGACAUUGAGGAAGCCCUGAGCACUAGCUCCUCCCCUUCUGACACACCCUGCACCACACGGAGACAGACAAUGAAUGAUAAAGCUUUUCAACAGAGCACGACAGCAUGGGGAUCAGAGGGAAACCAAACCCUGAACAAUAACAGGAUUGCUAGAGGACCAAGCUGGAAGGAAUGCCAUGGUCAGGAUAUCUCCUUACCUAACUCUUCCUCUGUGACCAGGGCACGUCCCAGAAAGACAGAGAUGUCAGCGAAGAGAAAGCAUGGCGGAGCAGAGAUCGAAGCGAAGGAAGCUUGCGAGUGGCUCCGAGCUGCAGGUUUCCCGCAGUACGCGCAGCUUUUUGAAGACUCACAGUUUCCCAUCGACAUAACUCCUGUGAAGAAAGAUCACGACUUCUUGGAUAAAGACCUCGUCGAGCCUUUAUGCCGACGACUGAACACGUUGAACAAGUGUGCCUCUAUGAAACUGGACGUGAAUCUCCCCAAAAAGAAGAGCGAGGACUCGGAUUCUGAUGACCUGUUUGCAAUUAGUGACAAAUGGACCUUUGAAUGGAGCAGUCGUCGCUGGUCCCGUCUCCUUGAUGAGGCGGGGCCCAGGGAGCCAGGGGAGGAGUCAGUUCUUCGUGCCACACCCAGCAGCGAGAGUGUCCUGACAGACCUUAGCGAACCCGACGUCUCGUCUUUGCACAGCGAAAGCAGCAGUGGAAGCACAGGAGUCCAAGCUCACAGUGCAGACGACUCAGACAGCUCACGCCGUGCCUGUUCUGACUCAAGUGCCAUGCCCAAGCUAGGGACUGGCCAUCUUUCCUCAGACCAUCCUAGCUACUCCUCACUUUCUGUCAAGCAUGGCAAGCUGGGCCGGACACGGGCCAAGGACUUCCUACGACGCAUGGAGACUCUGCGGUCACGUGAGGGAGCAGAAAAUGGGUGCAAGACUUUGGUGAUCAGUGCCCCUACUCUUCAGCAUGAACCUCAGGCCUUGAAGGCUCUUCGGUGUGUGGAGAUUAAUGGCCAUGGUGUGUUGAAUUCACACUCGAGCAGUGAAGGAAGCAGCAGCCAAUCUGGGGGCAGCACUGUCAGUACUCCAAGCCUGAAGGAACGCAAAGCCCACCGUGCUGAGCACAAGCGCAGUGGCAUGUAUUUGGAUGACCUGGAUGUCUUCUCUGGAAUUGUUCAGGGUAAACGCAAUGAAUUCCGCUCUUACGAAGAUCUGGUUGUGCACAUCCCGAAAGACCACAAGCCUGGAACCUUCCCCAAGGCUCUUUCCAUUGAGAGUCUCUCACCCACAGCUGUACCUCUCAGCAGGGUUUCUGAAGCCCAGCGUCAGCCAAGCAUAAAAGAGCAGAGACCUGUUACACAAUGCUGCUCACGUGGCAGCCGCAUCAGCAUCUACGACAAUGUGCCUGGCUCACACCUCUAUGCCAGCACCGGAGACCUCAUCGAUUUAAAAAAUGAGGACCUGUUCCCUCACUUGGAUGAUAUCCUACAGCAUGUGAAUGGCCUGCAGCAGAUUGUGGAUCACUGGUCUAAGAAUGUUUUGCCUACAGGAGAUAGUGUGGCAAAGAGCAUGGUGGAGCAGGAUGGGAAAAGUCAGGUGAACAUGCAGUCCUCGAGUCACAUCACACUAGAUUUGGAGGGUCACUCUGUGCUGGAGGGGCAGGUUACUCCCAGUGAUGGAGACAGGGAUGGUGUUUCACUUAAUGAAACUGAAUCUACAGGAAUUAGAGAGAGGAGAGACUCUGGAGUUGGAGCUUCCCUCACCAGGCCAAAUCGUCUGCGAUGGCCGAGUUUCCAGAUCUCCAACCGCCUCAGCCAUUCAAUGGCUUCUCUACAGAUCACCAACCAAUCAGCUGGACAGCUCAGCCUCCUGCAGAGGUUCUCUCUACUGCGCCUCACUGCCAUCAUGGAAAAGUACUCAUUGUCUAACAAGCAUGGCUGGACCUGGUCAGUGCCAAAGUUCAUGAAGAGGAUGAAAGUUCCUGAUUAUAAAGAUAAGAACGUGUUUGGUGUUCCUCUCAUCGUGCACGUCCAGCGCUUCGGUCAGCCUCUACCUCUGGGCCUUCAGCAGGCUCUACGCUACCUCAGGAGCCAGUGUCUUGACCAGGUGGGUCUUUUCCGCAAGUCUGGAGUGAAAUCUCGCAUCCAGGCUCUCAGGCAGAUGAAUGAGAACUCUCCGGAGGAUGUGAAUUAUGAGGACCAGUCCGCCUACGACGUGGCCGACAUGGUCAAGCAGUUCUUCAGAGAUCUUCCUGAGCCACUCCUCACCAGCAAACUGGGAGAAACCUUCCUUCAUAUUUACCAAUAUGUGCCUAAGGACCAGCGGUUGCAAGCAGUCCAGGCAGCCAUCAUGCUGAUGUCCGAUGAGAACAGAGAAGUCCUGCAAACCUUGUUGUGCUUCCUCAGUGAUGUUACCUCCUCUGUGCAGGAGAAUCAGAUGACGCCCAUGAAUAUCGCCGUCUGUUUAGCACCCUCCCUUUUUCACCUCAAUAUCCUGAAGAAGGAAAAUCUCUCUCCAAGAACCAUGCAAAAGAAAUACGCCACUGGAAGACCUGACCAAAAGGACUUGAAUGAGAACCUGGCCGCCACACAAGGCUUGGCACAUAUGAUCACAGAGUGUAACCGGCUAUUUGAGAUUCCCCAUGAAAUGGUGACUCAGUCGAGGAACUCCUACGUGGAGGCUGACCUGCAGGCCCCGACGCUGGAGGACUUGUGUAAGCAGCAGCAGCAGCAGCACAAUGAAGAAGAAGAGGACGAAGGCUCCUGGCCUGUGCACUUAGAGUCCCGACUUCAAGUUCUGCUCAAGGAGGCACGAGACAAAGCCAAGGGCUGGGUGUCCUGCCAAAGCUCUGACAACACUGAACUCGCAUACAAAAAGGUAGGCGAUGGGAACCCAUUGCGGCGUUGGCGUGUGUCAGUGGAGGUGGAGGCUCCUCCAUCCGUAGUGUUGAACCGCAUACUGCGAGAGCGCCACCUGUGGGAUGUGGAUCUGCUGCAGUGGAGAGUGUGUGAAGUGCUUGACAAGCAGACUGAGAUCUUCCAAUACGUCCUGAACCGCAUGCCCCCGCACCCUAGCAGGGAUUUUGUAGUGCUCAGGUCGUGGAGGACAGAUUUACCUCGGGGAGCAUGCUCCCUCGUGUCCGUCUCCAUCGAGCAUGACGAGUGUCCUCUCAUAGGUGGCAUCAGGGGCAUUGUGCUUGAGUCUGGCUACCUGCUGGAACCCUGCGGCUCGGGCAAGUCACGGCUCACACACAUCUGCAGAGUGGACCUCAAAGGCAGAACUCCAGAAUGGUACAACAAAGCAUUCGGUCACCUGUGUGCCGCAGAAGCCGCCCGCAUCCGCAACUCCUUCCAGCCCAUCCAUGCAGAUGGCCCGGAGACUAAAAUCUGAGUCCUGUAAUGCCUUUCUGCAUGAACGGACAUCUCAGUGAAGGAAACCCAACACCCGGGACACCCUUCAGCCAAUGCUGUGACACAUAAAUAUAUAUAAACAAAUAAAUAAACUCAACAUCCUGCCAGUGUACCUUAGCGUUCAUGUCGUACGUCCGUUUGUAAUAUUGUAUUAUUUGUAAUUAGCAUUAUUCGUAUUAUAAUUAAUUCUAUUGGUACAUAUUUGCUGUGCACAUAAUCUUAUACAAUGUAUACAACAUCUAAGCUCUUAAAUGCUUCUGGGAAGCAUGUCCUUUUUUUUUUUUUUUUUUUAAUUCAAAGCUAUAUUCGAACACAUAUGCCGCACAGUCACAUGUGUGUUCUUGUAUUCUGUGUGUUUGUGUGUAUAUGUGUGUGUGUGUUCACAUGUAUACUCACAUGUGACCUGUACAGAGCGUGUUUUAUCAGAGCAUUUGGCCGUUUUGUCUCUUGAUAUCUCAUUUGCACUGAUAUCAACGGGAUUUACACGGCACAGAAUGUUACUCAGAUGUAAGCUGGUUUUACUUUGCCUUUCUCCUUGUGGAUCGUUCUGUGUUUGUCUGAGAAAUGGGUGUUAUUUUAUUGUAUUUUAUUUUAACUUUGUAAAAAAAAAAAAAGAAGAAGAAGAAAAAAAAAUGACUUGGGUUUGACUUUCUCAGGCCUGCUCUUGUAGUACUGGAUUACGUAGAGGACAAGUCAGAGACAAUGUCUUUUUAAUAAACUAUACAUAAAUUAAUUAUAAA